AGCAACCCUGUCUGCAGCGCCGUAGCCUACGGUCAGGCCUGGUGUCCGCGGACUCCGCUCUCUACUCAUCUAUCUGCCCGACGCCGGUGGGCAAAGGCGCCCCGACCGGCUGCUGUCUUCGCAGAGGCUGGGAGCGGGCUGCUUGGGCUCGUGCGGUCUCGGCGGCGAAGACUCCUAAGCUUGACAGCUCGGGAGGGACCAUGGCCCAGGCGGCGCCAGCUCCGCCGCAGGAAUGGAUGAUGGGGUCGGACCUCCAACGAGAGGCCCAGAUCCAGUCGGCCGAGAUUUCCCUCCUGGCCAUUGUGGCCACCGUUCAGGCCAUGGAGAAGAAAGUGGAGGCACAGGCCACUCGACUGCAGAACCUGGAGGGGCGCGCGGGGAACUCUGAGAAGAAGCUGGUGGAUUGUGAGAAGAUGGCAGCCGAUUUUGGGAACCAGCUGGAGGGCAAGUGGGCUGUGCUGGGGACGCUGGUGCAGGAAUACGGACUGCUGCAGCGGCGCCUGGAGAAUAUGGAGAACCUGCUGCGGAACCGCAACUUCUGGGUCCUGCGGUUGCCCCCCGGCAGCAAGGGAGAGACCCCCAAACUGCCCGUGAGUACUGACCACUCAGCCGUGUGCUCCCCAGAGCAGGAGUGGGGCAUCUUGGAAGACUUGCAGAAGGGACUUUGCAGGCGCCCUGAACCAGGGAGCCCCGAAGCCCUGGCCUGCAUGGAGCCAGGCUCGCCAGCCUCGUCUCCAACACUUUUGCCCUGGAUCAAGCAAGAAAAAGGGACACAAGGGAGACACCACGCCAGUCCUGGGGAGAAGCCCCCUGCACACCUCUGCUCAGCAGAGAACUGCUUGGUCAGCGAAGAGAAGAAUAUGGAGGGACCCGAGCCAGCCUGGACAGCCGAUGGGGGAUACAGCAAGGAGCCCAUCGCAGAAGGCACCUGUGGGGACCAGCCUCUCCUGAGGGAUGCCCCCAAUCAUCUCGUCUCCACGGAGAGAGGGGGGACCAAUCUCCCUUUGGGCCGGAAGGGCUCAGGGGCACCAGCCACAGGGAGCACAGAACAGUAUGGCCAGAGCAUCGCCCUGAAGGAUCCCGGGGCACUGCACCCACGAGCCCGCCAGAGCCUGCAGCAGUGGUCCCAGGGACUGGCACCCCCACCCACCACCCUCGCCAGCCCUCGCGGCGCACCCUCGGCCCCGCGCGCCUACACGUGCGCUCAGUGCGGCAAAAGCUUCGUGCACCAAUCCACGCUCACAACGCACUACCGCACACACACAGGCGAGAAGCCGUAUCCCUGUGCCCAGUGCCAGAAGCGCUUUGGCCGCCUGUCCACGCUGCUGGAGCACCGGCGCACGCACACGGGUGAGAAGCCUUUUCAAUGCGCACAGUGCGACAAACGGUUCGGUCGCCUGUCCACGCUGGUGGAGCACCGGCGCACGCACACGGGCGAGAAGCCCUUCCAGUGUGCACACUGCGACAAACGCUUCACGCGCCUGGCCAACCUGACCGUGCACCAGAACGUGCACCCGGGCGAGCGCACCUUUCAGUGUGCGCAGUGUGCCAAGCGCUUUGCGCAAAAGGCCGCUUUCCUGCGACACCUGCGCGCCCACUCGCAGGAGAAGCGCUUCGCCUGUGGCCAGUGUGGCCGGAGCUUCACCUGUCGCUCCUGGCUUGAACGCCACCAGGACAGCCACGCCAUCCCUGCCAGCCCGGCCUGUGCCGCCUGCGAGAGGGGUUCCCUGGCCCAAGACGCCUCUGCGGGGGCAGGGUGGGGCCGACCACCCCAGGACCCCUCCACCAUUCUGGGUUCUGAGAAUUCACCGACUGACCAAGGCCAAAGGGGACGUCCUGGAACCAGGCAGCCCAGUGGCAGCGAUCUGGGAGGCCCCGGGGGUUCUCUGCAUAGGUCUCUCUCCCGAGUGAAGAUGGAAAAUGCUGGAUAGCACCCCGGGAUCUCCUUCCUCCAAGGACCAUGAAGGUGGAGGGGCGCAUGGUGCCUGGUCGGUCUUCCAUAAAGGCCAAUCCUU